UAACCGUCUACGAGGCUGGACCAGCCGGUGAUCGGGGUGAGGUAGUUCUGGACGGGGAAGCCUCGCUCUAUUGCGAGGCUUUCCUGGCCAGUGAAGCCUCGUCCUCGGGCAUGGGCAAUCCGGCCGAGGAAGGUGGGCAGCCGACCGACGAGUCCGCCGUGGAGCCACCGGCCAUUGAGGAACCCGUUCUCGUGGAUCUACCCGUCUCCAUGGAGUUACCCGUCCCCCUGGAGCUACCCGCCCAUGUGGAGGUACCUUGCCCCGUGGCUCAACCCGCUUCCGUGGCCCAACCCGAUAUCGUGGCGCAACCUGCUCUCGUGGUUCAACCCGCUCCUGUGGCCCACCCCGUUCGUGUGACCCAACCCGCUCCCGUGGUUCAACCAGCUCCUGUGGCUCAAGGUGCCGUAGCGAAACAGGCUUUGGGGUUGAUUUACGAGGGUUUUCGGUUGCUCGGUCCUCUUUUGGGGCACUUGGGAAACCAAGGGCCUAGUCAGCAGGAUGUGCAACCGAAACAGAAAGUAAAGCGUCGAAGGAGCGACCUUAAUAAAAUGAAAACCAGAAAGUGUAAUAAGGUAAGUCCAUGUUUUAUGAAUGUUAAUUUAUUGUUAUUUAUUUUGGGUUAUUUUCUAGUGUCAACAGAAGGGGCACUACCAAAGGGACUGCCCAAUUUAAAUGAUCUUUUUCGUCUUUUGGAAUUGCGUCAGUCGUACGUGUGCAAGAUUGGAAAAAGCAGAAGGGACACACUGGCUGUUCGUGUUGGAGUGUCAGGAAUGGUACAGGAAUUAACUUUGGAGACGCAAGCUUUCAAUAAAGGAUACGGUUCUUUGGAUAUUCAGGGCUGUGUGCCAGAAGGUGGUUUUCAUAUAUUUCAACUGACCCAGGGUGUUACCUUUGUGAUUUUGUAUUUUAUUGAUCCCUUCUUGUUGACAGAACUAGAGUUGCCUUUGAAACAAAUCUGGUCACGGUGGCGGCAAGGUGGACCGAAAACCCGUGGUCGUUACUUCUCCGGUGGUUUCAAUCAGCGUUGGACCAGCAGUACGACUCAACAACUCCUUUACUGUGAAGUUUGCAAAAUUUCUUGUGCAAGUCCUUAGACUUACAAAGACCAUUUGGAUGGUCAAAAGCAGAAGAAAAAGGAGGCAGCCGUCCGUACUGGCUUCCCUAUGGUUCCCACUCCGAGGACUGGAGCUGGCUUGCACUGUGAACUUUGCAAUGUGGCGUGCACUUCUGCAGAUGCCUAUGCAGCGCACAUUCGUGGAACAAAACAUCAAAAGGUCGUUGAAUUACACACGAAACUAGGCAAACUAAUCCUUUCAGCAGAACCACAGUUGAUUCAUUUGAAAACGGGUGGCGCAACUGGAACCGCACCGGCUACACCAGUUACACCAGUUACUACAACUACUAUAGCUACUACAGCCACAAUGGUCACUGCUGUUGCUACUGAAACGGCACAAGCAGUGGUUGUACAGUGGGAGGAGGAAAAGGUGAUUCAACCCGUUGGCCAAGAUUACGUUGAAGAAUUACGUGGCGGUGAUGUCAAAAUUACCGGCUUUAAUUGUCGGUUCUAAGAUUGCCGCUUCUACGAUGUCAAUGCCAAAGAUAUGCAUCUGAAAGGCAGACGUCUUAGGAUAAUGUACAAGAAGAAAGUAGAUCUAAAUUUGGUGGUAGAAGCCAAAGUUUGGCCGGCCCUGCGUCAGAAAAAGAAGACCAUGCCCGGCUGGGAAGAAAGACGGAAACCUAAUGAAGGUGGCUGGUAAGGUAAUGAAAAUUACGAAGAAAUGCCACAAGGUUCUUCGUCAAUGGAAGAUGGAAACCAGCCACGUCCUCCAGCCUAUUGGUCUAGCCCAUCCCCUAUGCGUAAACCCGAAUCCAGUGACGAUCGCCAUGUCAUGGCGAAACAUUCAGAGAUCUACCCAUCGGAAGCCGAAUUAGAAGCCAUACAGACGCUCGUCUCGUCUGUUGAACGCUCAUUAAAGUUAGUUUCUGAUCAGCUAACGCAUCAACCUGAAGACAAAACGAAAGUUUCGGAGACGCAAUAAUCCAAUAACCUUGCUCAAUCGCCUGUUCCAGCCGUUGCUGCGCUCGCCGCUUCUCAGGCUGAUGUGCCGGUCUCUGUUCCUUCUGUCGCUCCAGCUACCACCCGGAUGUUGAAAGGCGUCAUGCGAGUGGGGUUGCUUGCCAAAGGAUUACUUUUAAAAGGCGAUCGAAAUGUUCAGUUGGUCGUCCUCUGCUCUCAGCCACCUACUUUUCAGUUGCUCGACAGAGUUGCUCAAGCUCUUCCAGUCCACCUCUCUGUUGUCGCACCAUCAAUCACGUUCAACGUCGAAACGCUUCCAAAUGAAGCAGUUGUCAUGGUAAAAUCGGUACAGGGUCAUGGCCUGGCGGGUGAUAUUUUGGUCAAGGUCUCGCUUACGUCCCUCGUUGUCAGGGAAGAGCAACUAGCCGCCGCCGCUGCUGCUGCUACCGUUGCUACCAAUGGAACGGCUUCUACUGGUUUGUGUUUUUAUUUUUUGAAAUGUCUUUAUUGUUUUGAAUGAGCUAAUGAAAAGGUAAAGUUUGUAGUGUAGUUUCGAAAUAAUUGUUUUCCCCGUUUUCCCCUUGACUUGUGAUAACAUUCAUAUAUAUCUCUGAUAUAUAUUCCCCUUAGCUGUUUUGCACAUGUUGAAUCAUGGUUUUGCAUGAAAGUUGUGGCCAACGUUCAAAAGCAAUAGCAAUGAGUGUGCUUGACGUAAACCUAGCCACAAAAAUGAAAAGGAUGUGUUGGAAGAAUCAUCGAAGAGCUAUUUUGCACAUGUUGAAUCAUGGUUUUGCAUGAAAGCAAGGAAUGAAGAGUUUGACCACCAAGCCAGAUUGUUCUUGGAAAGAGACCAGGUGUAUCGGCACAAUGACUUAUUACUGGUUAUUGUUAAAAAAUGUCACAGCCUAUGCCAACCUUCACCGUAUGUCUAUCAUGGUCUGAAACACAAACCCACUGUUGUUUCGGGGGUUGGCAAAGUAACACCAACAGUAGUACAUCAAAGAAAAGUGAAGGCUGGUAAUUCUAAUUUUUUUUCAAUUUUCUAGUAGUAAAGAAUGAGUGAUUCGCGUUCUGGCCCAGCAACAUGUAAGCUGUUGUAAGGCCUAGAAGGUCGUUCAUCUGAUCUUGAGUUAGUUACACUAGAAGUGAUUCGCGUUCUGGCCCAGCAACAUGUAAGCUGUUGUAAGGCCUAGAAGUGCGUUCAUCUGGUGUUAAGUUAGUUACGUUAGAAGUAAUUCGCGUUCUGGCCCAGCAACAUGUAAGCUGUUGUAAGGCCUAGAAAUACGUUCAUCUGGUGUUAAGUUAGUUACGUUAGAAGUGAUUCGCGUUCUGGCCCAGCAACAUGUAAGUUGUUGUAAGGCCUAGAAGUGCGUUCAUCCAUGCCGAUAGAAUCUUUACUUAGCAAUCAUUUGAAAAUUUUAAUGUAAAAGUAAGUAAUGCCUUGUUUUUCAUUUACUUGUGAUGACGAGUUAUUCUUCAAGUGGAAGUUGGUGCUUCACCUGCAAGUUGAAGAUGGUACUGGAGUUGGUGCGGGCGCUGGAGGUGUAGGUGGAGGUGGUGCGGUGGCUGGAAAGGAAAAUGGCGAAGCAGUGGGAUACCAACUUGCUCAGCUGCAAGACCUUGAAUAUGGAACUAUUCUCAAAGUGGGUGGCCGUGAAGUUCUGUACAUGUAGUCCUGAAAAAAAUGCAUCAUAUCCGAUCCAAAGUGCAACUGAGCCACCACUUUUGAAAGCUUUAAAGUAGUAUAAUGUAUUUGGGUGUAAAGCUUCAGCUAAAUAACAUAAGAACUGGGAAGAAGAAGAUAUUUUAACUGUGAAAGACAGAGGAGUAAUUCUUAAGUCAGAGCAUGGAAGACAAAGAAAUAUGUCGAGCAACAGGAUUUAAAUUUGCCCAGCUCAAAUAACUCGAACACGAGAACAUCUUAAAAGUUGGCGGCCGCGAAGUUCUUAUCCAAAAUCAAAUUAUUGACUCCCUAAAUAUCAGUUGAAAUUGUUGUAGUCCAAUGCCAUGUGGAACCCAAUUACAAGCAGAUGGGGUAUCGUCUUUAGUAAAUCCUCGUCCUCCAAGCAAAGAAUUUGUUUCGCCUUUUCUUGAAACCGGAAACAAAGACCCCAAGCUCAAUUCUAUUUCAAACGAAAUCAAGCCCAGAUAUAACCCUUGCCACCCUUCAGCCCUGGUAAUGCCGAGACCUACCGUCGAUAUCCAGUGUAAAGAAUCGCAGCGGGGUACGGUUAUAGUCGACGUCGUUGUGAAGCCUUUGUCAAGCAAGAAUUUGCGUCCUCACCAGCGCGAUGGUGUAGUUUUCUUGUACAAAUGCUUGGUGGUUUUUCAAAAUUCCAAACAUUUAUGGUGCUAUCCUAGCCGAUGAAAUGGGAUUGGGUCAAACACUGCAAUGUAUCCCACUCAUAUGGAUUCUUCUCAGCAAGGCCCUUACAAUGGACGUCCAACCAUUCAGCGUGUUUUAAUCAUUACGCCAUCAAGCCUAGUAAAAAACUGGGACAAGGAAUUUCGUCGUACUUGCGCAGCUGCAAGACCUUGAAUAUGGAACUAUUCUCAAAGUGGGUGGCCGUGAAGUUCUUGUGAAUACUUGCUGUUUUAAUGA